AUGGCAGAGGAAGGCGGGUGGCCUUUGAUCGGCCGUUUAAAGAGGGCGGUGAAGAAGAUAACUUUUCUACUUAAUCUAAACGUUAACAGAUGGAAACUGGCGUCGAUGAUCGGGCGUUCAUUGAGCAAGCGGAGGCUGAGCUUCAAUGAUAGACCCGGUCUGAGGGCAUUUAUGGAAGAAUCCGAGCCGAAUAACUGUGAUCCACCGGGUUCUUCUUCAAAGGAACUUCAGAGGACAACAAGUUAUCCAUCGGAAGAUGAUAUUGAUAAUAGAGCAGACAAAUUUAUUGCAAAUUUUUAUAAGCAACUUCAGCUCGAAAGACAAAUUUCAUUGGAAUUGAAGUACUAUAGAGGAAACAGUUUUGAUUCUGCAUCUCCAUGA